GAAACGCGAUGGGCCGCAGGCUGAGCCUGCUCCUGGCUGCGCUGGCCCUGCUGGCGGCCCCGGCGCGGGCCGAGGAGGAGGUGAAGAUAGAGGUGCUGCACCUCCCCGAUGCCUGCAGCCCCAAGAGCAAGAAGGGGGACCUGCUGAACGCGCACUACGACGGCUUCCUGGCCAGCAACGGCUCCAAGUUCUACUGCAGUCGGACGCAAAAUGAUGGUCAUCCAAAAUGGUUCGUUCUGGGUGUUGGACAAGUCAUAAAGGGGUUGGAUAUUGCUAUGAUGAAUAUGUGUCCUGGAGAAAAACGGAAAGUGGUCAUCCCUCCAUCAUUAGCAUAUGGACAGCAAGGAUAUGCACAGGGCAAGAUUCCACCUAAUGCAACACUCAUCUUUGAGAUUGAACUUUAUGCAGUAAAUAAGGGACCUCGUAGUGUUGAAGCAUUUCAUCAAAUAGACAAGGACAGUGACAAGAAGCUCUCCGAACUCGAGAUAAGUCAAUAUUUGAAAGAAGAAUUUGCAAGAGAUGGCAAAAAACGUCAUCCCUCAGUCCAUGAUGAAAUUUUAGCUGAUAUAUUUAAGAAGAAUGACCAUGAUGGAGAUGGCUUCAUAUCAGCUAAGGAGUACAAUGUCUACCAGCAUGAUGAACUCUAAUUACCUGUCAACUCUUUGGCAGUUUUAUGGACAAAAAAUUUAAAAAAAAUCCAAAGUAAUACUUUGUUACAGAAUAUUUUUCUGUUCUUUUUUUUUGUUUUUGUUUUUUUUUUUAUAGUGGAAUCUUUUUUAUUUCUAAGGUGACUGUAAAAUACUACUUUUAACAUUCAGCUAAUAAAAUGUUUUAGAUGUUACAAAAUAAAUAAAACUGGAAAACACCAAGA